AUGCAUCCAACGAUGCCCCGACUCGACGACUUGCUUGCCCUCCUGGAGGUGUUCUUUGCCCCAGAGAGAGGGGCGCUUCCAGGAGGGCGGCGACCAAGGCAGAGCUUGAGGCCCAAGCUCGUCUUCCGCCCCUCUCCUCCUCCUCCCCUCCCGCCGCCGCCGCCUCGGGCUGAUUGGCCGUCUCCUCUCGUCAUCCCCGCCUUGGACGUCUGUUUUGGACUUCCCUCUCCGACGUUCCCAUUCUGUUCCAUCCGCCACGACUUCCGGCCAGCGAUGCGUGUGGUGACACUGCCUGCAUGCACGCCAUUUGACUUCAGACUUCGUUCAUCUCGUCUCGCCAAAUUUGCCUAUCCUUUGAGGAUACUCUUGUCUCCUGCUGGCGCAGUUCAAUACGAGGGCGUUGCUUGUUAUCAUGAUGCCAUGGUCGUCCAGAUUGUGGAAGCUUUCGCUGGAGAUAUUAAUUUCCAGUGA